AAAGUGAUUUGCAAACAACAUACUGUAAUAAUUUUAUCAAACUUUUCUGUAGAAAAUCCCGUAUGUAUGAAAUAUGAACAAAAAAGGUCUUGCAAUUUUGAUGAGAACUCGUAUGAAACCGAAUUCACCCGUUAAUCCCACUAAAUUCCCUAUUUCUCUUGCUACUACUAACAAAAUGUUGCCAAAUUCAGAAGGAAAAGAACCCACAAAACAAAUUUCUGCAGAGGAUGAAGACCCAGAUUUUGAUCAAAAGCUCAAAGCCCCAGUAAACCCUAAAAGACUAUUUGAGCUUGUGCGGGAAAGAAUGCACUCGGCCAUAUCAAUGAACAAGACAGAAAUUCAGGAUACUGUUCUAAGUGACUUCUCUGAGGGUUAUUAUGGUCUUUCUAGUGAAGACCGAUGUAAGUUACUAAUGGUGCUUGGAAAAGAUUACGAUCUAAACAGAACCCAUGUUCAUGAUCUUAUGAAGCAGUAUCUUGGCCUUCAGCUUCCUGCUGGCGAUAAAGGUGAAAUUGGUGAUGAGGAUGACAGUUCCCUGUCCACUUUUUAUCGGACUGAGAAGAAUUUGAGGCAUGCACUACAACCAACAUAUGAAGUUCUCUUUGAUAGGUUGAAUACCCAUCCUGGAGGAUUGAAAUUUUUAUCAGUACUUCGUGCCGAUAUUCUUUCUACUAUCAGGGAACACAACACCCCGUCUUUGCGAGCACUAGAUUCCUAUUUAAAGGAGAAGCUUAUCACAUGGCUAAGUCCAGCUGCAUUGGAGCUUCACCGCAUAACUUGGAAUGAUCCUGCUUCUUUAUUGGAGAAGAUUGUAGCUUAUGAGGCUGUUCAUCCUAUCAGCAGUCUACUCGAUCUUAAGAGGAGACUGGGAGUAGGCCGUCGAUGUUUUGGGUAUUUGCAUCCUGCAAUUCCUGGUGAACCUCUUAUCUUCAUCGAGGUAGCACUAUUAAAAGAUGUUGCUCAGACUAUACAGGAAGUUCUUUGGGAUGAUCCUCCAAUACUUGAAUGUGAUGCAACUUGCGCACUAUUUUACUCAAUCUCAUCUAGUCAGCCAGGCUUGACAGGGAUUAACCUGGGAAAGUUCCUUAUUAAACGUGUGAUUGAACUGGUUAAACAAGAUAUGCCACAGAUAUGUACAUUUGCAACACUGAGUCCGAUCCCUGGGUUCAUGAGAUGGCUGAUAUCAAAGUUGGCAUUACAAUCUAAGCUUGCAGAAGCAGACACUUUAGAAAGGUCAUGUUCUUCCAAGGAAACUGCUGGUUCUGCGUUCAGAGAAGAUGUUCUAACAACAGAGGAAGAAAGUCAAGUCCUGGAUAAACUGGGGGUAAGUACAUCCAGGAAAAAUGGCAUCGAAGUGAUACUGGAGUUACUGAAAUCUCCAAACCAUGAAUGGAGCAAAUCUGAUGAGGUUUUAUCAGUGCUGAAACCUAUUCUGCUGCGACUUUGUGCCAGGUAUCUUCUUCAAGAAAAAAAGAGAGGGAAAGCUCUAGAUGCUGUUGCAAACUUCCAUUUGCAGAAUGGGGCGAUGGUUGAGAGCUUAAACUGGAUGGCUGACCGAUCGGAGAAAGGACUCUCACAAAGCAGUGGCAUCAUGGUAAAUUAUAUCUACAGAUUGGACAACAUUGAAGGAAAUGCCCAGUCGUAUUUCAGUUCGGGCCGCGUUAGUGCUGCAUCGAAUCUUUGGAGACUUGUAGAACAGAUUCAGCUCGCGCCGCGUUAGUGCUGCCGAAUCUUUGGAGACUUGUAGAACAGAUUCAGCUCGGGCCGCGUUAGUGCUGCAUCGAAUCUUUGGAGACUUGUAGAAUAGAUUCAGCUCGGGCCGCGUUAGUGCUGCACCGAAUCUUUGGAAAUGCCCAGUUGUAUUUUUAAAGUAUACUUACUUAAUCGGAUGAGUGGAUGUGGUCAAAACAUUCUCUAGAAUACAUAUUCCUUAUUUUAUUAAGAAAUUUUAAUUCUGAGUAAUUAAGUGAAAUACUAUGCUUAAGGUUAUAAUAGUAUGUAUUUCAAAAAAAUUAAUAUAAUAAUCCUAUUAAAAUAAUACUGUGUACUCCCGUAAUUUUUUUUUUUUUAAAAUAAUACCGUGUACUUUUAGAGUUUUAUGAUAGACGAAAACGAAUAUCAAGGUAAGACCGAAGGUUGAAAUGGAGGGAUAAAAAAUGACAGACUUUUAGAAUUAUACUUCCUCCAUUUUUUUUAUUAUUGCACCGUUUUCCUUUUUCGGAAGUUGCAUAUUAAUUGCAUCAUUUCCUAUUUUUAGUAAGUUUACCUACUUGAAAUGACAUUUCUAUCCUUAUAUGGGUGGUGGGGACCAAACUCCACUUGUUCUUUACAUAAAAACUUGUACUUAAUCACAUGGGUAUUUUUGUCAAUCUCUCACCUUUUACCUCAUUUCUUAAUUCUUGUGCCCAAUGUAGAUGGUGCAAUAAUAAAAAAAUGGAGGAAGUAUCAUUUUUUAACGCAAAAGUUGGGAUAUUAUAGAUAAUUAACCGUAGACCCAGAUAAGAGUGUUUUACAAAACGGCUUACAAACGCAAAAUUAAGAGCUUUAUUCUGAUUAAAACAAUUUGCAUUUUAUUGAAGACAAAACAGUUACUCUAUUUUUUAAUUUUGUAUUAAAGUUUCCUUUUUUAAUUCUUUUCUCCUUUUCCCCUUAAUAUUGGAAGAAAAACAAAAAUCGGGGUCCCAAUCUGCCCCUUGACAGUCUUUCUUUUUAAACCUUUCCUCGUAUAAAAAUUCCGGUACUUUACCUAAAAUCAAAAACUUAAACCCUAAAAGUCCCUAAUCCUAAAAAUCCGGCGACGAAUUCGGCAACGAAGUUUUUUCAAUGGCGGAAAAUAGGUUGCUACAAGAUUUCAUGGCCGCUAGAGAUGUGGUUGAGCAAGAAUCUGCUCUCUUGAUAACUGCGCGACAAAACUGCGCGACAAAAUCUGGAGAACGCUAGAACCGAAUUCAACAUUCAAUUGAAUGGAAUGAUCGAAAAUGGGUUGGGCGGAGCUUUAAGCUUUGCGACGAUUCGGCGGUGCUGCCACGGUAUGACAUUAUGGAGGGCUGCAAUGAAUGAGGCCAAGGAUGCAAUUAUACUCUUACAAUCCCAGGAACAAGAAAAUCGUAUGCAAAAGGUCGAAGCGCGGUUCUUUAUCCAAAUGUUAAAGGCAAAAUCAUUGUUGGUUGAUUCCAUUGCCGGUGCGAACGUCAUUCUAAGGCUGAUGCAGGAAUACGGGUGGAGAGGUACUGCGAUAAUACCUCCAAAUGUCCAGAAUCAGGAUCAGAUAACGAUUUUGCUAGAAGGAGCCCACCAAGAUGAAACCAACCACCAAGAUGGAGCCCAACGGUCCAGGAGACUGCGUAGUAGAAUAGUACACUACUGAAGCCUUGAUAUUUUUCAGUUUUGAGAAUCAAACACUCUCAGAUUUUAGCUGUUGAUAUUUUUCAGUUUUGUAGAAUCAAGAUUUUAGCUGUUCUGCUGUGAAUAAAACAGUCUAUUCAGAUUCUUUUCUUUUAUAUUUUCUUGCUUGUUCAUCAAUUUGCAGAUGCUUUUCAUUUUGUUCAAGUUCCUCUUCAGUAUUGGUAUAAUUCUCUCA